AUGGGUCCGAAGGCAAUCGACGAAGGCGAAGAUCUUCUUAGCCAUUACGGAAUUUUUGUUCUAAUUUACAAGCUCAGUACCCUAAAAACGUGUUCAGGCCUUUCGUUGCAGACACAAGAGCUCACGGCUAUCGUUCUAGCUGUUCGGAUUUCUUGUAGCCCCGUUAUUGGAUACAACGUCCACACUGUUCUCGACAUUGCUGCAUUCGUGGCUACUGCUUGGGUAAUUUACAUGAUGCGGUUUAAGCUAUACAAAUCAUACAACGAGCAUCUCGACAAAACACCCAAAUCUUAUUUGUUGAUUCCUUGUGCUAUCAUGGCCGUAUUUGUUCACCCCAACAGUGUUAUUCCUCUAUUCUCCAAGAUGAAGUGGGCAUUUGGUGUGUACUUGGAAGCCAUUGUAGUGUUUCCUCAACUUCGGAUGAUGCAAAGAACAAAGAUGAUCGAACCAUUUACUGCCCAUUACGUGUUUGCACUAGGAGUGUCGAGAUUUUUUGGGGCUGCUUAUUGGAUUCUACGGGUGUAUGAAUCUACUGAAGCGUAUCUGUUCUUACUUGGACGUGGCUACUUUUGGGUCCCGAUGGUUUUGGUAUCAGAGGCUGUUCAAACAUUCAUAUUGGCAGACUUCUGUUACUAUUAUGUUAAGAGCAUCGUGAGCAGCAAUCUUUUGGUAAAAGUGCCACAGGUCUAACACAGUUUCCAAAUUGUUAAUUGGAACAUUUUUGAAGAUCAUGGAGUCGAAGCUCGAUCAUGGUUAUAGAUAUAUAGGUUUCAUGGCGCUUGUAAAUUUGUUAUUUUGGUGCUGUCAGACUGAAAUGUCCGGUCAUUUGUUAGUCUCAUUCCGGUGACAUUUAUUUACUUGGUCAAUUUUGUCAUUAGAUUGAGAUUUUAUGCUUAAAUCUGGUGUACUUUUUGUGCUUCAUGUAAUUGUUUUCAAUUAUAACAUGAAAAUU